AGAGCAAGUUUCUGUUUCAAGAGAAAAACCCAAGAAUAUAAUACUGGUUUUGUUACUAAUUCUAAUUUUAUAGCUAUAGUUUUUGAUUAAUUUUCUGAUUUGAUUUAUGAAUUAUAGGCUAGAAAUACUCCAUACAUAUAACUUGAUUGUUUCCUUCUGGGCUCUAGUGGGACUUUUUUUUUUUUUCUUUUUUAAACAAAACUGGGUCCAAUAAUUUAAUGUCUACAGGGAAGAGUAUUGUACAGUCCCUGGUAAUCCCUAGUGCCAGAGUUUGACAGCCUUUACUACCAUUGUCUAUUUAACCAAAAUCCUUGCUAAUAUAAAUUGACUGUAUUUCUCUUGGUUUGUUCUGGUGAAAAUAAGACAGACUGUCAUGAUUAUAGCGAUAACACUUCCAUUUUUUUCCCCUACUCCAAAGACUGUCUUUUACAGUACAAUUUUAGUUACUGUUACCCAAGUUAAGUUUAGAUUCUAUCACUGAAAACCUGGGUUUUGCCAUUUAUUGAGGUGUUAAUUGAAAUAUUAAUAUAUUUAGAGCAGAAAUGUCGUUUUUUAGGGAAUCUAGAGCAACAGCAAAGCUGAGGUCAAACUGCCAUAAGGAUGGACACCAAGGAAGCUGUGUUGGGGACAAAAAGAAAUCAAGAUAAGCAACAUGAACCGUGAAGACCGGAAUGUGCUGCGUAUGAAAGAACGGGAAAGGCGGAAUCAGGAAAUUCAGCAGGGCGAAGACGCCUUCCCACCUAGUUCUCCUCUCUUUGCUGAGCCAUACAAAGUUACUAGCAAAGAAGAUAAGUUAUCAAGCCGUAUUCAGAGUAUGCUUGGAAACUACGAUGAAAUGAAGGAUUUCAUAGGAGACAGAUCUAUACCAAAGCUUGUUGCAAUUCCCAAGCCUACAGUACCACCAUCAGCAGAUGAAAAAUCUAACCCAAAUUUCUUUGAACAGAGACAUGGAGGCUCUCAUCAGAGUAGCAAAUGGACUCCAGUAGGACCCGCACCCAGCACUUCUCAGUCUCAGAAACGGUCCUCAGGCUUACAGAGUGGACAUAGUAGCCAGCGGACCAGUGCAGGUAGUAGUAGUGGCACUAAUAGUAGCAGUCAGAGGCAUGACCGUGAGUCAUAUAACAGUAGUGUGAGCAGUAGCCGGAAAAAAGGCCAGCAUGGAUCAGAACACUCCAAGUCACGUUCUUCUAGCCCCGGAAAACCCCAGGCUGUUUCUUCAUUAAGCUCUAGUCAUUCCAGGUCUCAUGGGAGUGAUCACCAUAGUAAGGAACAUCAACGCUCCAAAUCGCCUCGGGACCCUGAUGCAAACUGGGAUUCUCCUUCCCGUGUACCUUUUUCAAGUGGGCAGCACUCAAAUCAAUCUUUCCCACCCUCAUUGAUGUCAAAGUCCAACUCGAUGUUACAGAAACCCACUGCCUAUGUGCGGCCCAUGGACGGACAAGAGUCCAUGGAACCAAAGCUGUCUUCUGAGCACUACAGCAGCCAAUCCCAUGGCAACAGCAUGACUGAGCUGAAGCCCAGCAGCAAAGCACAUCUCACCAAGCUGAAAAUACCUUCCCAACCACUGGAUGCAUCAGCUUCUGGUGAUGUGAGCUGUGUGGAUGAAAUCCUAAAAGAGAUGACGCAUUCAUGGCCUCCCCCUCUAACGGCUAUUCAUACACCAUGCAAAACAGAACCUUCCAAAUUUCCUUUUCCAACUAAGGAGUCUCAGCAGUCCAAUUUUGGCCCUGGAGAACAAAAAAGAUAUAAUCCUUCUAAAACUUCAAAUGGGCACCAGUCUAAAUCUAUGUUAAAAGAUGACUUAAAACUGAGCAGCAGUGAAGACAGUGAUGGGGAACAGGAUUGUGAUAAGACAAUGCCGAGGAGCACACCAGGAAGUAACUCUGAACCUUCACACCAUAAUAGUGAAGGAGCAGAUAACUCCAGGGAUGAUUCUAGUAGCCACAGUGGAUCUGAAAGCAGCUCUGGAUCUGACUCAGAGAGUGAAAGUAGUUCCAGUGACAGUGAGGCAAAUGAGCCAUCCCAGAGUGCAUCUCCCGAGCCUGAACCCCCGCCAACAAACAAGUGGCAACUUGAUAAUUGGCUGAAUAAGGUGAACCCACAUAAAGUGUCACCUGCUUCUUCAGUGGACAGUAACAUCCCAUCAUCUCAAGGUUACAAAAAGGAAGGCCGAGAGCAGGGCACUGGGAAUAGCUACACUGAUACAAGUGGACCUAAAGAAAUGAGUUCCGCUACUCCUGGACGAGACUCCAAAACCAUCCAAAAGGGAUCAGAAAGUGGGCGUGGGAGGCAGAAAUCUCCUGCUCAGAGUGACAGCACAACACAGAGAAGAACUGUAGGCAAAAAACAACCCAAAAAGGCUGAGAAGGCAGCUGCUGAAGAGCCUCGUGGAGGCCUGAAGAUAGAAAGUGAAACCCCUGUAGACUUGGCUAGCAGUAUGCCCUCCAGCAGACACAAAGCAGCCACCAAAGGCUCAAGGAAACCCAAUAUAAAGAAGGAGUCUAAGUCUUCCCCUCGACCGGCAGCAGAGAAAAAGAAAUAUAAGUCAACAAGUAAAUCUUCCCAGAAAUCAAGGGAAAUCAUAGAAACAGAUACCUCAUCCUCAGACUCGGAUGAAAGCGAGAGCCUUCCUCCUUCCUCACAGACUCCUAAGUACCCCGAGAGUAAUAGGACUCCUGUUAAACCCUCCUCAAUAGAGGAAGAAGAUAGCUUUUUUCGGCAACGAAUGUUCUCUCCUAUGGAAGAGAAGGAACUUCUUUCACCCCUCAGUGAGCCUGAUGACAGGUAUCCACUUAUUGUGAAGAUUGACCUGAAUCUUUUGACUAGAAUACCAGGAAAGCCUUACAAAGAAACAGAGCCACCCAAGGGGGAAAAGAAAAAUGUGGCAGAAAAACACACGAGAGAGGCCCAGAAACAACCCUCAGAAAAAGUUUCCAACAAAGGCAAGAGGAAGCAUAAGAAUGAAGACGAUAGCCGAGCCAGUGAGAGCAAGAAACCCAAAACGGAGGACAAGAAUUCAGCAGGCCAUAAGCCAUCCAGCAACAGAGAGUCAUCUAAGCAGAGUGCUGCAAAAGAAAAGGAUUUGUUGCCUUCUCCCGCUGGGCCUGUUCCUUCAAAAGAUCCAAAAACAGAGCAUGGCUCUAGGAAGAGGACUAUUAGUCAGUCUUCUUCCUUAAAGUCAAGCAGUAACAGCAACAAGGAGACAAGUGGCAGCAGCAAAAACAGUUCUUCUGCAUCCAAGCAGAAGAAGACUGAAGGGAAGACUUCCAGUAGCUCCAAGGAGGUUAAGGAAAAGGCUCCAAGUAGCUCCUCUCACUGUCCUCCAUCUGCACCAACUCUUGAUUCUUCUAAGCCUCGGAGGACAAAGCUUGUCUUUGAUGACAGAAAUUAUUCAGCAGACCAUUAUCUACAAGAAGCAAAAAAGCUAAAGCACAAUGCAGAUGCAUUGUCUGAUAGGUUUGAGAAAGCUGUAUACUAUCUUGAUGCUGUGGUAUCUUUCAUUGAAUGUGGGAAUGCAUUAGAGAAAAAUGCUCAGGAAUCCAAAUCCCCAUUCCCUAUGUAUUCAGAGACGGUGGAUCUCAUCAAAUACACUAUGAAGCUAAAGAACUACUUGGCACCAGAUGCUACAGCUGCAGAUAAACGACUCACAGUACUUUGCCUGCGAUGCGAAUCUUUGCUGUACCUGAGGCUGUUCAAACUGAAGAAGGAAAAUGCUCUGAAGUACUCAAAGACACUGACAGAGCACCUGAAGAAUUCUUACAAUAAUUCUCAAGCACCAUCGCCUGGUUUGGGAAGCAAAGCUGUGGGGAUGCCUUCCCCUGUUUCUCCAAAGCUGUCACCAGGCAAUUCAGGAAAUUACUCAUCUGGGGCCAGUAGUGCUUCUGCAAGUGGUUCUUCAGUGACCAUUCCACAGAAGAUCCACCAGAUGGCAGCCAGCUAUGUUCAGGUCACGUCCAACUUCCUCUAUGCCACCGAAAUUUGGGACCAAGCUGAACAGCUUUCCAAAGAGCAAAAAGAAUUCUUUGCUGAACUGGAUAAAGUAAUGGGUCCUCUCAUCUUUAAUGCAAGCAUCAUGACAGAUCUAGUUCGUUACACCCGGCAGGGACUGCACUGGCUUCGCCAGGAUGCCAAGUUGAUAUCUUGAACUGAACACAUUCUCGUUGCCUCUGAUUUUCUCCACAACACUGUGUCACAUCACGAAGGAAAACUGCCAUAACAUACCACCUAGUCGACACUAAGAAUGAGGAAUAGUUUUCUCCUCGUUGGUUCAUGUGUUGUUGUUUUUUAUAAUCCAAAGCCAUCAUGUCAGUUGGCCCCUUUAAUAUUUCCAAUGUGAAAAAUUAUUUAAAUGCUUUUAAAUCUGCAGCACAUUGAUAAGAUGGUUUCCAUGAGCUAUAAGAUUGAAAUUCCAGUUGCAAUUCAUAACUAAUGAAUUGAAAUUUUAUUUAUUUUAAUUUUUUUAAGUUCCCAGACGGGGGCUAGUUUAAGACUUCGUUAUUUCUGCCUAUGAAUUUACUCUGUUGAAUAUUUAGCAUAAAUUUAAUGUAGACAUUUUUAUUUAUAUACUUUGGGAGCUUUAUUACCUAAUGUCUUUUUGUGGUAGCUGUUCUAAGAGUAAGAAGUGGUUCAUCUAAAAUAAGGACAUAUUCUUUCUAUACCUACUACCUGAUAAUUGAAAUGAUAACUCCCAUUUUAUUAUUGUGGAAUUUACAGUUAGUAUUAAGGAUAUUCUUCUAUACAUGAAAAAUCACUUAAAUGUGAGAGAAUGGCAUUCUACAUGUAUGUAAUAUGAAAUGUGUCUGAUUUGGUAUGCAUUAUUUCAAAAACUGUGAAUGUGUGUUAACACUACAGCAAUCACAAGGUGACUAUAACUUGCAUUUAAUGCAUUACAAAAGAGGGUGGGCAAACUUUCUAGAAGAAGCAUUUGGUGUUAAAGGUUUUCAUAAAAGGACAAUCCUGAACUUUAUGGAUUUUAUUAAAACCAUAUGUUCUUUUUUUUGCUAAUCAUUUGACACUUAAUCAAAACAGAAUAAGUACUGAGGGUUGCUGCCUAUGUGUCUGAUAAUCUUUGAUGGUUAGAGUUAUUUUUCAGAUUUUUCCCCCUCAUACUGGAUUGUGAUGCUCUGAUAUGAGCAUGCAGUGACUGAUACAGAAAUAGGCUGGAGCUUUGGUGUGUGCUUUUGCUAUACAACUUACAGUUCUAAUGCCUGAUGUAGAGAUGAUGAAUUUCUUCUUUUUAAACCUAUCUUAUGUUUACUCCUUUUGUAUUAUGAAGGCCCUCUUCAAUGAUGUAUGUUUCUGAUGGAAUCAGAAAAUUUCACACUAGAAAAGUGUACCUAACUUGUUCAGUGUGAGCUCUCGGGACGGGGAGGGGGCCAGGGGUAGAGCUUAAGAAGCCGGCUCUGUAAGAGUUGUAUAUCAAAGUACCUUCUGCUACAAGGUGCAUAUAGAAGUCAAAGGUAAGAAAUGUACCCUCUGUACUUUAUUUUUCAUGCCCCUAUCAUGUUUGGUGUGCCUUAAAUCUUACCUUGAAAUGAAGACUAUGGAUUGUUUACAAAUGAAGUUUUACACUAGGACCAGAUUGUCCAUACAUGAUUGGUCUUCUACAAUAAUAAUGUUAAAUUCUCUUUCAUUUUAAAUCUUUCUUUAGGGUCACAGAAAGAGUAGUUCUUUCAGAAAAGCUAUUGCUUUGGUACAUGACUUAGUCUGACCAAUUGGGUAAUGCUGCUUUGAAAAAUAGUUUGUCCCUCUCCCCAUUCCAAAAAUGAAUCUAUCUAGUCAGAAAAAAAAAUAUUAUCCUACUAUUUGUAGAUGAUUGCUAAGGCCUGAAAUAGGAAAGGGGAAUGAAGGGAUAGAAAAGCUUCAAGUCCCGUGGUGCAGUGAAUCCUUUGAGUUUGAGUCUUUUUUACACUUAGUUCUGAAGGUUAACUUACAUUGUCCUUGUGGCUUCAUAUUUAUAGAGCUUCUUAACUGUUUUGUACCUCAGAUUGUUUUUAGAUAUCAUUGAAGAUUGAGAUGUACAAAUUAUGUUGAAUUUAACCCGUUUCCCUUGGAGAAAUUGCCUCUGAUAUGUUUCUAACUUAAUUUUAGUGUGUUCUAGGAACAGUUUUCCAUAAGAGGACAACUUCUCAGCGAUCAUGAUAGUUAUUUAGUAAGAAAUAAUGGUUGUUAAUCAAGUACAUGUAUGUCUUGUCCUUCUCUGACUUCUCUGACUCCGAUUCCUUAACUUGCAGUGUUGUCUUAGAAAUGGAAAAAGUAUCCUCCGGGCUUUCAGACUUUCAGCAACAACAGCCAGUGGGUACCUCUAAGUUCUAGUGUGUUCUAGUCUCUUGUGUGUCCUGAAAGGCAGCAGGAGCAUUUCUGGGGUCACACUGAUUAUUUUGUUAAAGCAGAGUUUCCUGCAUGGUUUAUGGUGCUGCUCUAAUAUUUUCUCUUUAAAACUGUGUUAAUUUUUGGAGAAUGACUUUUUCAACCUUUUCAUUGUGAAGGGUUUUUCCCACAAGGUUGUAAUGGGCAAUGAAUAGAAAUCCUAUCGUAAAUGAUUGAAUAUUCAGUGUCAUAGUGUGUGGAAAUACUCCCUUUCCUUCACAUCUGUCUUCUUAGAUGUUCUGUCUUUGUCAUCAUCUGCUCCAGCACGUACUUUGGACUCCUUUACAGGUGACCAUUCCUCCCUCCUCAAUAGAUGUCCUCAGUGUUUUCUAACCAUUUAAAACUGAAUUUGACGAGUGGCUAAAAACUUAGUCUGAGACUUGUACUUAACAUGUGGUUAAUUAUAGAAAUAACAACUAUUUUAACAAUUACUCUGUUGAUUGCUCUUUAUGACCACACUUGUAUGCCAGGAGGCAGCAGCCUAUACACCAUUGGACUCUUUACAAGCAACCGACGAACCAAUUGCAGUGGAUGCAGUUGUCACAUUAGUCUUGCUUGGGCCAGACUGGGCUGGGCUAUGGGGAGCAUUCUCCUUCAGGGGAGUUUCCACAGCUCAGCCCAGGCUCCAGUCUGGUUAGAGAGCAUCCAGCCCAUUCCUUGCCUCAGUGCCACCUUUUUCUGGGCAAGUGCUUUAUACACAGUGAGUACUUCAGAUAAACUUACAGCCGUAGCUGCCGAAGAAUGGAGAAGGUUGACCACCAUUGAUUUAAUUCUCUAGUGUGAAAGCAAUUGAGAGCAGUGUGUGCACAAACCCACAGAUGCCUGUGUUUCUGGGAGCUCUCGCAGUGGUGGAUUUAUAGGCACCUGGGCUGCACUUUGAGUGACACACUUGUGGCUUUAUUAGAUUGACUGGUUUUUAAAAAAUUGUUGUUCGUUUCUUUUCAUUAAAGAUUUAAUCAGCCAGAUCAGACAGCAUCAUUUUGUAUUUAAUGACAGAAACUUUGGUACAUUUUUUCAUGAAUGAGCUUGCAUUCUGAAGCAAGAGCCUACAAAAGGCAUCUGUUAUAAAUGAAAGUUCUGGCUCUGGAGGCCAGUACUCUGUGGAGUUUCGGAGCAGCCAGUGAUUGUUCCAAUCAGUGAUGCCUAGUUAUAUAGAGGAAGGGUACACUGUGCACUCUUCUAGGUGUAAGGGUAUGCAACUUUGGAUCUUAAAAUUAUGUACACAUACACACUUUAUAUAUAUGUAUGUAUGUAUGAAAACAUGAAAUUAGUUUGUCAAAAAUGUGUGUGUUUAGUAUUUUAGCUUAGUGCAACUAUUUCCACAUUAUUUAUUAAAUUGAUCUAAGACACUUUCUUGUUGACACCUUGAAUAUUAAUGUUCAAGGGUGCAAUGUGUAUUCCUUUAGAUUGUUAAAGCUUAAUUACUAUGAUUUGUAGUAAAUUAACUUUUAAAACGUAUUUGAGCACUUCUGUAGUGUAAUAGGGCUCUUACAGGGUGGGAAAGAUUUUAAUUUUCCAGUUGCUAGUUGAACAGUAUGGCCUCAUUAUAUAUUUUGAUUUAUAGGAGUUUGUGUCUGGGUCCCAGGAACAUCUUCUGGAGAUGACUGUUAGGCAGCUUGUGAUGAUGUUUUUUUU